UGAAACACUGCGUUCCGAUUGGCUCAUCGAACCCAGUCCCUGGAAACAGUUCCGGGAAACCCCUCGCGUUGCCGGGAUCGCUCUCGCCGUCCAUGAGGGGAGGGAAGAGGAGGAGCGCGCGCCAUUUGCAGCCGCUGCUCCAGCCGCGCCGCGCAGGUCCCGCUCCGCAGCAUAAUAAAAUGGCUAAUCAGGUGAAUGGUAAUGCGGUACAGUUAAAAGAAGAGGAAGAACCAAUGGAUACUUCCAGUGUUACUCACACAGAACACUACAAGACACUGAUAGAGGCAGGCCUCCCACAGAAGGUGGCAGAAAGACUUGAUGAAAUAUUUCAGACAGGAUUGGUAUCUUAUGUUGAUCUUGAUGAGAGAGCAAUAGAUGCUCUCAGAGAAUUUAACGAAGAAGGCGCCCUCUCUGUAUUACAGCAGUUUAAGGAAAGUGACCUGUCGCAUGUACAGAACAAAAGUGCAUUUUUAUGUGGAGUUAUGAAGACUUAUAGACAGAGAGAGAAACAAGGAAGCAAAGUACAAGAAUCAACAAAAGGGCCAGACGAAGCAAAAAUUAAGGCUUUGUUAGAACGAACUAGCUAUACUUUGGAUGUGACCACAGGACAACGGAAAUAUGGUGGUCCUCCUCCAGAUACUGUCUACUCAGGAUCUCAGCCUGGCAUUGGAACAGAGGCUAGCUCUGCAGCGCACGUGGGACCUGACCAGUCCGCUCCAGUAGCAACUGCAAUGGAUUCAGAGGUGGACCCUGUCUUCGUCGAACCGGUUGUCACCCAACACCAUGUUCCCUGUCCACCAUUAUUUCUCAAUGCAGUUAAGAAACAAUGGACUUCCCCGGGUACCUUUCCUCUUCCAGGUGGGAACGAUAAAAAGUUGUUUAGCGUGGCCUCAGAUUUAGCAGAGGUACUGGACGUGCCCACGGUGGAUGAGCCCGUCUCACCUUUUUCACCUACCACUAUUUCAGGAGAUAUGUCUGAGGCCUUAAAAACUGAGGAACGCAGAGACAGCGUACGGGACCUGGUUCUCAAGGUCUGCAGGGACAGGACUCUGUCGCCCUCUGGUCUCUCCUGGCUACUGGGAAAAAUGAUAUCGUGCAUAGAGAUCGUUUCCUGGGCCAGGCUACACUCACGGACUCUCCAGUGGUUUCUGCUUCCCUACCAGAAGCAGGGUACCAGCAUUUCCAACCGAGAGGUUUUUGUUGGAAAAAUUCCUAGAGACUUGUACGAAGAUGAAUUGGUGCCACUUUUUGAAAAGGCAGGCCCCAUUUGGGACUUGCGACUCAUGAUGGAUCCACUUUCUGGACAGAACCGAGGCUAUGCUUUUAUCACAUUUUGUAGCAAAGAUGCAGCACAAGAAGCUGUUAAGUUGUGUGAUAACUAUGAAAUUCGGCCUGGUAAACACCUAGGUGUGUGCAUCUCGGUGGCAAAUAAUAGGCUGUUUGUUGGAUCAAUUCCAAAAAACAAAACAAAGGAGAAUAUACUAGAAGAAUUCAGCAAAGUCACAGAAGGUUUAGUUGAUGUGAUCCUGUAUCAUCAACCUGAUGAUAAAAAGAAGAAUCGGGGGUUUUGCUUCCUUGAAUAUGAAGAUCACAAAUCAGCAGCUCAAGCUCGACGCCGGUUGAUGAGUGGGAAAGUGAAAGUCUGGGGAAACGUCGUUACUGUUGAAUGGGCUGAUCCAGUAGAGGAGCCAGAUCCAGAAGUCAUGGCAAAGGUGAAAGUUCUAUUUGUGAGGAAUUUGGCCACUACAGUGACAGAGGAAAUAUUGGAGAAAUCGUUUUCUGAGUUUGGAAAGCUGGAAAGAGUGAAGAAAUUAAAAGAUUAUGCUUUUGUUCAUUUUGAAGAUAGGGGAGCAGCAGUUAAGGCCAUGAAUGAAAUGAACGGAAAAGAAAUAGAGGGGGAAGAAAUUGAAAUAGUGUUAGCCAAGCCUCCAGAUAAGAAAAGAAAAGAACGCCAAGCUGCCAGACAAGCCUCUAGAAGCACUGCGUAUGAAGACUAUUAUUACUACCCUCCACCUCGUAUGCCACCUCCUAUUAGAGGCCGAGGUCGUGGAGGGAGAGGCGGCUAUGGCUAUCCCCCAGAUUACUAUGGCUAUGAAGAUUAUUACGAUGAUUAUUAUGGCUAUGACUAUCAUGACUACCGUGGUGGCUACGAAGAUCCUUACUAUGGCUAUGAUGAUGGCUAUACUAUAAGAGGAAGAGGAGGAGGAAGGGGUGGGCGAGGCGCACCUCCACCACCUAGGGGGCGGGGAGCACCACCACCAAGAGGUAGAGCUGGCUAUUCCCAGAGGGGGGCACCCAUGGGACCACCAAGAGGAGCCAGGGGUGGGAGAGGGGGCCCUGCUCAGCAGCAGAGAGGACGUGGUGCUCGUGGAGCCAGGGGCAAUCGUGGGGGCAACGUGGGAGGCAAGAGAAAAGCGGAUGGUUACAACCAGCCUGAUUCCAAGCGCCGUCAGACCAACAACCAGCAGAACUGGGGCUCCCAGCCUAUCGCUCAGCAGCCACUUCAGCAAGGUGGAGACUAUGCCGGUAACUAUGGUUACAAUAAUGACAACCAGGAAUUUUAUCAGGAUACAUAUGGGCAGCAGUGGAAGUAAGAUCAAUAAGGAGGGCAUGGGAAUAUUGACAAGAUAAGAAUUUGGCUAUAGUUCUACAUCCUUCCAAAAAUUGGCUUAUUGCUUCAUCCUUCAAUAGUGAUUGGCUGCCAUGUGUAUUGGGCUGAAGAAUCACUCUUAUGUAUAUAUUCAAGUCUUUUUUUCUUCCUUUUCUCAUAAAUGCACUUGGACAUUACUGAGCUUGCAGAUUUCCCAAACAUAGUUUGGGGAUACGAUGCUUUUUAUCGUUUUAGGCUUCAUUUUAGCAGUUUAUCAGCAAGGAUGGGCAACACUGUUAAAUCAUGAUUUUGCAAACCUUCUGUUUUUGGACAGUUUCUUUUCUUUCUUUUUCCCUUUUUCCUUUUUGGAUUUGGGAUAGAUUACAUAGGCUUCUGCUGUACAUAAAGUAAAGCUAGUACUUUGUCUCCAUAGUUUUAAGGAAUUUAAAAAAAAUAAGUUUUCUUGUAUUGAAAAUAACAUGAUUGUAUGUUUUGCAUUCCUAGAAGUAGGUUAACUGUGUUUUUAAAUUGUUAUGACUUCACACCUUUUUGAAAAUCUGCCCUACAAAUUUGUUUGGCCUAAACGUCAAAUCCGUGGCAAUUUGUUCCUUGAUGUGAUUGUAUUUCCAAUUUCUUGUUCAUGUAAGAUUUCAAUAAAACUCAAAAACCUAUUCAAAACAU